CUUGACCUUCCUGACCUAUAAACCAAACAACGAGAACAUCACCUCCCCUCGGGAAAAAGCGUGACGGUAAUAGCGGGAUAUGUGCUGCCACAGCCAACAUGCGCUAAAAUGGAUUACUACAAUUUGUCUUUUCCUAGCCUUCUUAGCGAUGGGGGCCAGUUUCACUGCUCCAUGUGCCCUAGCCAAAAGGAUUCUUGCAUCAUCCAAUACGACAGCCAAUGACAUCUACUGGGCAUUUGCAGCGCGUGGGAUAGGCAUUCUGCUCGGGGCGGGCGCUGUCGGGAUUGGAGGAUGCGAGGGUGGUUGUGCUGGCAUCGUGUUAGGAAUAUCUCUGAUUUGCAUUGCCACUGCGACGGGCUUGCUGCCUCAUGCCGCAAGCCUUGCAGUCCUGAUGUUGGGUUUCCUAAUACAGGGGGUGGCAGUCGGGCUAGUGUUAACAAUUGGCACAGCCCUCUGCAUCAGGAUAUGGGGCCACACCCACGCUUCAUUUCUCCAGUUUCUCUAUUUUGCCCUGAAUAUCGGGACAAUGGUAAUACCACUAAUGACGCUUCCCAAACUCCUUGAGGGUCACCACGGUACCAAGAAUGCAACGCAACAAGAAGCGUGGAUAAAAACAAGAUGGCCGACGCACGCCCGGUUCAUAUCAUUAUAUCUUCUCCACAUCGAUAUGUCAGAAAAUGCAGGAUUCUAUUUCGGGGCGGUUGGCCUGGUGACAUGCUGCGUUGGAUUGACUUUAUGGGUCGCAACGUGCUUUUAUUAUUCAGAAGGAGACAGUGACGACGCUGGGAUGGAGGCAGCAGACGUCGGCUGCGUCGAAUUCGUCCUAUGCGCGUUGAUCGCCUUUUUCUCCGCCACUUUGGCCGGCCUGGCGGAAUCUUUCGGCGCCUACAUAUCGACAUUUAUGCUGCAAAACUAUGACGCAAGCUUCACGGAAUCAGUGUGGAUAACCUUUACAUUUUGGGGCAUAAUAUGCCUGAGUAUGCUGAUAACAGCCAUAAUCGUCCGGCACGUGAAGCCGAGUUACUUCUUGCUUAUCAAUAUUACUGUCUGCUCGACCGCCAUCUUGGUUUUACAGUUUACGAAUCUGAUCCCGAACUAUGAAAAUCUCGUCCCCUGGAUAGGAACAUGUCUUUUCGCCACAGGGGUCUCAUCAACUUACGCUGGAAUAUUUUCCUGGGUCGAGGCAUAUAUCAAAUGUAACGUCCACGUGGUUGCUCUCAUAGUGUUUUCCCAAACGUGCGGGACAAUCCUAUUGCAGACUUUAUUAUCUUGUGUCUUUCAGUUUGAGCCAAUGGCAAUCAUGUAUAUGACAUUAGUUGGUAUAGUGCUCUGUGACGUCACGUAUAUAUUGAUGGAGGUGACUCUAUCGUGUCGCCGAUUGGCUGGGUAUGACGAGAUAAACAAACCACUUUAGGAUGGAGACGUUGUCAUAUCGGGCUAUAUGGUCGAAGGAGGUGAAAAUUCAAUUCGAUAUCCAUAGAUCCCCCACUUCGACAUCGAUUGGAACUUUCGUACCUUGGUACAUGUACAUAGAGUGAAUCAAAACUUUUCUUUCUGCUGCUGCUGCUACUGCUGGACCUGUAAAUGUUCAUGUAUACCACUUCUUUUUUGAUUCGGUUGACCACUGAUGUCCGAUGUAAAUUUGAAACACGUGACACUAAAUAUG